GCUACAUCCCUCCAGAGACCUGGCGCAAACAGCGCUGGCAGCCACAGGGGGAUAUUUUCAGCCUUGGCGUGGUUUUCUUCCAAUUAAUGUCUGCGCGGGUGCCGCGAAGCGGCCCCGACCGGGUGCAUGGCAUUUUUCAGGAAGGCGCCAAGAAUGUCCAAGAAGUUGGGUACCGCACUUUGUCAACGCAGCCACCAUGGCAACUUUUCCCUACCAACAUGCGUCUCUUGACAGAGUUGGUCUCAGCAAUGUUACGGAAGGACCCAGAGCGACGGCCACGUGCCCUUCAAGCACUUCAGUUUGGUUGGUUCUUUUCCAACUCGGACCAAGAGAUGCCAAAGGAGACCUUGGCCUCCUUGAUCAGUGGUUCAGCGAAAGCGUUCUUCAAAGGGGAGCUGAUCAAUGAGCUUCUUGAGUGCUGCAAUUUGCGUCACUUGCGAGAACUUCGGGCAGUGCUCAAAGAAGAAGCAGCUCGAAGAUUCAGCAAGAAAGUCCCAAUAGCAACUGUGAGGUCAGUUUUUUCUGAUGCUGGUGUACGAGCCAAGCUAAUAGAGGACUACAUUCGCAGUGACAAGGAAGCUGACGAGAUGAUCAGCAUUGACGGACUACUGGACGAAGCAGUUCAGGAGAAAGAGCUUCGGAACCUGCAAGCAGUGACCGAUCUUUUUAAUGAGAUGGAUUCUUCGCGGCAAGGCUACUUGCCCUUGGCAGACAUCAAAGCCAUGCUCCGCAGUGACGCGUUUGAACGGACAGAUUCAGGAGAGAUCAACGUCCUUUUGCACAAACUGAUAGUGAAGGACGGCAUGGUGAGCCUUGCCGAAUUCCAGCGGGUUGUGCUUGAGGAUGGACGCAUCAUGCCCAAGAAUUUGGCAGAGCAAGGGCGGAAACCAAGAAGGCCUGAAUUCGAGGAGGAGGAGGAGGAGAAGCUGGAGAAGCCAGAUGGAUUUGAAAGUCCGCCCAGCAGUGGCAGCAGUUGGCACCCUCCUGAUUCAGAUGAGGAUCCUGAGGAGGUGCGAAGAAGACAUGAGCCUGAUGAGGAAGGGAAGUUUUGGGAUGAUCCGUUGUGGUAUGGAAAGACGCGCAAAGAGAUCGAAUACGCAACAGAACUCGAAAAAUCUAAUGGGAAUGCUGCGAGUCGUGAAGGGGACUGGAAGAAGGCAAAGAGGUAUUGGAAGAAUGCCUUGCGUGGGGCUGAAAAAAUCCAGGAUGCAGAAACAGAAUUUCGGCUUCACUCCAACUUGGCGCUCGCAUACAUCAAGCAGAAGAAAAUUGACAAGUCCUUAGAGCAUUGCGAGCAGGCCUUGAAGGAGCGCUUAAAAGUUGCCGUUUCGGCAGACUUGCGGGGGAAGGUACACUAUCGAAGGGCCGAAGCCUACGAAGCAGCUGGAGAGGUCUCCAAGGCAAUAGCCAGCUGCAAACUCUCAUUGGAGGUUCAUCCUGACAAUGCAGAUGUGCGGAAAAAAUUGGCCGCCUUAAAGCUACAAGAGGCUGAGCAGAGAAAGCGGGAAAAGGCCUUGUUUUCAGGUUUGCGUGGAUUGUGUGGGAGGAGAUGCUCCGAUCCAAAUGAAGCUCCGAUGCCACCUCCACCACCUCCGCCUGAAGCAGACUCAUCCGAUGAGGAGAGACCCGUAGCAGAUGAUGAGGAUGACUCCUACGAGUUGACAGAAGAGCAGCAGACGAUGCUGGAAGCUGGUUUGACUGACCGAGAUGCUGCCGCACGGCUAGUCAACAGCAUUGGUGCGGCCAAACACGAUGCAGAUGACCUUUCACAGCCGUCCAAUAUGACUGUGGGACCAGAGAUCUUUUGGUCUCCUGAGAUGCUGAAGGGGACAAAUGUCAGACAGAGCAUGGCCACUUGA